GCUCGGGAUCCCCCAAGGGGAAUGGCCGGUGCGUUCUCUCCACUCCCAGACGUUUUUCUGCCUGGACUCGUUGUUUGCAAGACUUGUGUCACCCUAGCUACUGUCAGUGCCUGGGCGCCUAGUUUACACUUUUCCAUGGGGGUGGAGUAGUUUAUUUUGGUUUGGUUUAUGGAAGUGGAGUAGUAAGGAUCUCACCACUUUCAUCCAAAUGCUUAGGCCAGGCCUUGGCAUAUAGUGGUUGCUCAGUAAAUCUUUGUUGAAGGAAUAAAUGAACAAAUGUUGUGUUUACAGCGGCUGGAUGGCAGACAAACCUAUGAUUAUAGGAACAUCAAGAUAUCAUUUGGAACAGAUUAUGGCUGCUGUAUUGUGGAACUUGGGAAAACAAGGUAACAAUUCAAAUUAGAUAGUUCUUGGACAAGUUUCCUGUGAACUUGUUUCUCCAAAACUCAAUAGGGCAACAGAAGGUAUUCUUUUUUUUAACCUUGAACUGUCUCAGAUGGCUGCCCCAGCUUUUGAGCCUGGCAGGCAGUCAGAUCUCUUGGUGAAGUUGAACCGACUCUUGGAAAGAUGUCUAAGAAAUUCGAAGUGUAUAGACACCGAAUCUCUCUGUGUUGUUGCUGGUGAAAAGGUUUGGCAAAUACGUGUGGACUUACAUUUAUUAAAUCAUGAUGGAAAUAUUAUUGAUGCUGCCAGCAUUGCUGCAAUUGUGGCCUUAUGUCACUUCCGAAGACCUGAUGUGUCGGUCCAAGGAGAUGAAGUAACGCUGUAUACACCUGAAGAGCGUGAUCCUGUACCGCUGAGCAUCCACCACAUGCCCAUUUGUGUCAGUUUUGCCUUCUUCCAGCAAGGAACAUAUUUAUUGGUGGAUCCCAAUGAGCGUGAAGAACGUGUAAUGGAUGGCUUGCUGGUGAUUGCCAUGAACAAGCAUCGAGAGAUUUGUACCAUCCAGUCCAGUGGUGGGAUAAUGCUACUAAAAGAUCAGGUUUUGAGGUGCAGUAAAAUAGCUGGUGUGAAAGUAGCAGAAAUUACAGAACUAAUACAGAAAGCUUUGGAGAACGACCAGAAAGUGAGGAAAGAAGGUGGAAAGUUUGGCUUUGCAGAGUCUAUAGCAAAUCAGAGGAUCACAGCAUUUAAAAUGGAAAAGGCCCCUGUUGACACCUCCGAUGUAGGGGAGAAAGCAGAAGAAAUCAUUGCUGAAGCUGAACCUCCUUCAGAAGUAAGUGUUUCUAACCCUGUGCUAUGGACUCCUGGAACCGCCCAAAUUGGAGAAGGCAUAGAAAACUCCUGGGGUGAUCUUGAAGACUCUGAGAAGGAAGAUGAGGAUGAAGGUGGCAGUGAUGAAGCCAUCAUUCUCGAUAAUGUGAAGAUGGACACUGGAGUAGAUAUCUCCAAUAUUGGAAGCCAAGAUGCCCCGAUAGUACUCUCAGAUAGUGAAGAAGAAGAAAUGAUCAUUUUAGAGCCAGACAAGAGUCCGAAGAAAAUAAGAACACAGACCAUCGGUGUUAAACAAGAAAAAGCAGCAAGUAAAAAGCCAAUGAAAAAGAGAAAAAAGAAGAGAGCCGUUAACUAAAGCUAACAUAGUUGUGUAUAUACUAUUAAAAGGAUAUUUAUUCAGUGCUAACAGCUCUGGCUAUUUUUUAUGCAUAAAUCCAUUGUAAAAUCUAGGCUUUUAAAAUACGUAUAUUUUUACAUCAUGCUUUAAAAUAAACCAUCUGGAGAAUUUCUUGUCUGUUAAUUUGCACAGACGCUUCCCACCCCAGCCAUAAUCUUUCUGUUGAAUUUGGGAUUAUUCAUCGUUUUUCUCCUCUCAUAACCUUAGUAGGUGUUAGAUAACUGACCUAGGUGAGUAAAGUAUAAGAACUGAUGAGCACAAGGCAUUUUUCACAGGCUGCUGCAGGGUAUACAUGGGAUGAAAGCAGAGUCAGAGGAGGCUUAUCACUGUACAGGCGGUCCUCAG